AUGGCCGAGGCGGGCAGCAAGAAGCGCAAGAGGGAUGGCGAAGCAUCCGGCAAGCCCAAGAAGAAGGUCGUCCUGGAUGCGCCCCCGUCAACAGCGACCGUCUCGUCCAUCUUGCGGCCGAAGCUCUGUCCGCCCGUGAUUGCCACUACACCGGGCAUUGAGCUCCCGCAGAAGCUGCUUUUCCGUUCCUAUCAACCCAGAGCCGAUCCCAAAGCCAAGUCGAAGCACGGCAAACAGACCGAUGCCCAGGAGCUGUUACUCCAUUCCACCGCACAUCAUAGCCUGGAAUACACCGGGACAGAGGAGGCGCCACGAGGAUCAAAACCUCUGCUCAAUCACUAUCUGGGCAUCUACGAUCCGAGCACCGGGAAGCUGGAGGUGAUUGAAGCCAAGAAGAUGGUGGUCCGUGGCCAGGUGCGCUCAAGGCAAGAGGCGGCUGUAUCUGCCAAGGAGAACGAGGCCAAGCAGAGUGCCAUGGAGCGCAAGACGGAUCUCGGACAGACAUUCGGUACCAAAAAGGCCAAGAAGGCUAUCCGCGAGAACGUGCUUAAUGCCAUCGCUCCGCUCAAGAAGGCGGGAGACGCAACCAUGACAAAGAUUGACAACGCCUCCCGCGCCAUGCUCAGCUCCGUCGGCGCAGUCACUUCCCUGAUGGCCACGCGCGAGGAACUGCAGACAGCCGUCGACGAGGCCAAGCCCGUGCCCAAGGCAAACCUCGAGGCGACCAGUGCAAGCGACGUCUACGAUCCAGAAGUCAUCAUCGGGGGCGACAUCCUCAGCCUUGUUCCCAUCCGGGAGUGGCAAGAAAAGGCACGUCGCAAAGAAGGGGUCCAGGUCCCGUCGCGGUUCGUUGCCACGAGAAUCAACGCCCUUGCGGUUGAUGAUGACACCAUCACUCGACUGCGAGUGCUGCGAUACCUCGAUCUGGUGCUACGAUUUUUCUUCUUUUCCAAGGAAGGGAGGCAAAGGGGGACCAGGCGAGUGCCGUCUCCGGACAAACUCCGUGAGCUGAUGGCAGGGAUACCCGACGCCGUGAUUGAGAACAUUCGGCGCAAAUUCUCGGACGCGGGAACGUUGAGGAAGUUCCACGUCGACCUGCUCAUCACACAUUGCUGCGCCUUUGCUUUUAUUGUCGAUAACUUUGAGGUGUGCACAAAGGAGUUGCGGGAGGACCUGAAACUGGGCGAGGAUAGGGAAAUGAACCAAUACUUCCACGAGGUUGGCGGACGAGUCAAGCGAAUCAACAACAAGGAACUGGGGCAGUCGUGGUGUGUGGCAAAACUCGAGUUGCCGUUGGACUUCCCCAAGCAGAGACGGAUUGCUCCACGACGGCGGUAG